UCAUAAUAAUCAGUCCGUUAAAAUUAUAUGGGACCCCCUGAAACGGAAAUGACGUAGUGACCUUCAGCUUGCAAGUCUCUCCGACAUUACAGCAGUCAAGGAAAAGCUUCAAAAUGGCACCACCAUCAUACAGUGACCUUGGAAAAUCUGCGAAAGACCUUUCUGACAAAGGUUACAAUUUUGGACUGUACAAACUUGAAUGUAAAACGAAAUCUAGCAGUGGAGUUGAAUUCACAACAAAAGGAAGCUCAAGCCAUGAUUCUGGAAAAGUCUCUGGAAGCUUAGAAACAAAGUACAAGCUUUCCGAGCAUGGACUGACAUUUGUAGAAAAGUGGAAUACUGACAAUGUUCUUGCCACAGAAAUCACUAUUGAAGAUCAGCUUUGCAAGGGUCUUAAAUUGGCCUUUGAAUCUUCGUUUGCACCACAGACAGGUAAGAAGAAUGGAAAAAUUAAGACUGCCUACAAGAUGGAUUACUUAAAUGCAAGUUGUGAUGUUGACUUUGACUUUGCGGGUCCAACAGUUCAUGGUGCAGCAGUAGUUGGGUAUAACAACUUUCUGGCUGGCUACCAAAUGUCCUUUGAUACCUCCAAGUCCAAGCUUUCCAAGAACAACUUUGCUUUUGGAUAUUCUUCAGAUGAUAUGACACUCCAUUGCAAUAUAAAUGAUGGCGCCGAAUUUGGAGGCUCUGUUUAUAACAAAGUGAACGACAAGCUGCAGACUGGUGUAAAUUUGUCCUGGUCUGCUGGAAAUAGCUCAACACGGCUUGGUUUGGCGGCAAAAUACACAUUAGACAAAGAUGCUUAUGUCAAUUUGAAAGUAAAUAAUGCUUUCCAAAUCGGAAUGGGCUACACUCAAAACAUUAGGAAAGGUGUAAAGCUGAACCUUUCUUCAUUGGUUGAGGGCAAGAAUUUCAACCAAGGUGGUCACAAGGUCGGAAUGGGUCUUGAAUUUGAUGCCUAAAUGUUACAUGUCCAAGUGGUUAGUGAUAUAAUAUAAAACCUUUGGAUGCAAAGCAAUUCAUUCAUCAUCAGUGUUUAACCAGGAGAGGAGACACAACAUAUUAAACAUUUGCUAGUCUGGUGAGGGUCCAGUCUUCACCUCAUCUUUAUCUAGUAUUCCCAGUGUUGACACUGCCGACAGCAUAAGCAUGGCAGAGUUUGGUGCAUGCAGAGACUGAAGACGGAUUUGAUGUUCACUUUGCCACCCACUUUGAAUUGAUUGUGGAUUUCAAGAAAAUGACAUGAUCAAUCAGAUAUUGAUUUGUACUUAGAUUUAUUUCUUGUUUGCUGUUUCCAUUAGGUUACAUUCGUUGCAUAGCAAACAAGCUGUUUUCCCACUGUCCACCAAUCGAGAAACCUUCAUUCGACAUAACGCAGGUUAGAUGUGUCAGAGAAUUUGUCCCUGAGAGCUUAUCAAAACAUUUCAGUGCUGGUAAAUUAAUGUACAAAUAUGUAUCUUAAUUAAAGAAUUAUGUGAUGUGUAAAA